AUGGAGGAAGCCAAUCAAGAUGCCUUUGACAGAGCCAGGCUGCAGCUGAUCAAAGACGGCUAUGAGAAGGCCUUUGAGUGCAUCAACAGGGGCCUGACCGAGGAUGAAGCUGGCCACAAGGCCCAGGCCCUGGCCCAGUACAGACAGGGGCGCCAGCACCUCCUCAGGUCCAUCAGCGUGCCCUCACAGGGGGACAAGUGUGUGGGCAGCUCCUGGGAGUCAGCCCGCCAGAUACAGCACAAGAUGCAGGAGACUCUGAACAACAUCACCACUCGAUUGGCAGUCCUAGAGACCAGCCCAGACCCUGAGCUCCCACCCCCUCUAGAUGCCUCUAAUGGAGUCCCUGGGACAGCCUCUAACUCUAACCUCUACCCCAAACUGGAGAAGGAAAAACCAGAGCGGCCGUCUCCACCCAAGCUGCUGAUGACUAACCGCCAGGCUGGAGCUGUGGGAGGCAGUGUGUCUCCCUCCCUGCCUCUUUCUCCCACUAGACAGCCUGCGGUGCCUGGAGAGCUGCCCCCAGCCUACUCGUCCCAGGCGGCUGAUGGCCACCUGACUAUCUCCUACGGUACAGAGUCUGGAGAGAUGUCGCUGGUGGGAGAGGAGUUCUACAGCCACAUGUUCCCGUCUCCCCCCUCUCAUCAGAGCCUGGGGGAGGAUGGAGAAGAACUCUUCUUCCUGCCUCACGGGGUGCAGAUAUUCUUUGUCACACCUGACGGCCAGGUCAGUGCUCCCUCCUACCCAGGGUACCUGCGGAUGGUCAAGUUCACCAGCCAGCAGUCAGAGAGAGUGCCCAACCGCCCCCCAGCCUUCCUGCAGGUAAGAGGGAUGUGGGGGGAAUGGGGUGAUGAAUUCUAGUCACUGUCUAUAGUGUCAACACUUACUGUAUCUAAGCAUUUCAGUGUAUGAUGAAAUCACAGGGUUCAUGGAAUCUGUUUCCUUGAUCUCUCUGUAUCCAUUGUGCACUCUAACACGAUUUCAUCAUCAGUGGUUUGCUCUGCCUCUGCUCAUAAACUCCCUCCUGUCAUACAGAGGUGUUUGUGUGUGUGGUUGGUGUUUAGAAUAGGGUUAGGCUCGUGUAUAUGUGGGAUAGGCUAGCAGUAGCACAGCAGCCAACUAAUGAUCUGUGUCCUGCAUCAUGUGAUCAGUGACUCAGUGGCCCUAAUCCCAGGCAGGUGUUCUCUAUGAUGGCAUGGUGGGAAACCCCAGUGGCCACUGUGUCAGAUUCACAGGUAUCUAUGUCACAACUAGUUACAGCAAAGAGACAGACAGGGUGUUGAAUCUUCUCUGUGUUUUCCUGAAUGUAGGAAUGUAGGCCUAGUUGAUACAGAUUAUAGGCGGAUGGUUUCCCUCUUUGGUUUUCCCGUCCCUGUGGUGUCAUGACAAGAUAACCUCUGGCUAUACGCCGCUGCUGUCUGUCUGCUGCCUGCCACAUGGACAGAAUAUUACACCAGCACCACUAGUCUUUGAACAGAGCUGGAGAUACACACGCAUAGCCCACGCUGUUUGUCUGCAGUGAGUAGGCCAGUGGAGAAGGUUGUCCCUGCCUCAGUAAUACUGUCCCCAUGCUUUCCAUACCUCAGCACUGGACCUACUCAGACUAAAGGACUAAUGUCACUGAAUGGCCCGCUGAUGCACUGUAGAAUUAAAUGAGGCUACUGCUUGCUCUAUAGAACCUUUAUGACAGACCGUAGUAUUUAGCACACAUGCACCUGAUGUGUGUAAACAUGUACUGAGACUGGUGAUAAGAUAAGGAGAUGGAAAUGUUUCACCAAGGCCUGUAUGUAAUCAACAACGGAAUGGCUAUGUGGGAGUGUCAGGGAUAGUAACAGCCCAAUUGAUGUGUUUGUCUUCACAGUGGGUUAACAGUACUGUAUCAUGGAGUUGGGGUCGACUUGUCAUUGUAGAAUUUCCCAGUAAGCCUGGUCUGGGGGAGGGGGUUAGGUUAGUCGUUCCAUAUAACCUCCCUAUACUGUCCUGUGUGAUUGGCUGUACUGUUGAUUUGUUCCAGGUGUGAUGGGUUAUACUGUUAAUGUAUUCCAGGUGUGUGAUUGGCUGUACCCGCUGAUGGCCACAGACUCCCCCGUCCUGCUGUGUAACACAGGGGUGUUCAUAUUCCCGGACAUGAUGGCGCCCGCCCCAGGGUCCUACGUGGGUGUUGUGCUGUCCUCUGCACUGCCUGUAGGAGACAGACAACUGUUCCAGGACCUGCUGUCCCAGAUGACAGACCUCAGGGUGCAGGUGAGCUGCUGAGGCUGUGUCUCAAAUUCCACUCUAUUCCCUAUAUAGUGCACUACAUUUGACCAGGGCCCAUAAGGUCCUGCUCUCUGACUGGCCCAUAUGAAGGUGUCUGGUGGUCGGCUGGUUGCUGAAUGGUCCAAGGGAAAGUAAUAGAAUAAUAAAGGCAUCUCUCUGCCUGAUGCGGUUUUGCUGAUUUCAGGUGUAUUUGAGGCAUUGCCACACCACCAUAGCAUGACAAGUGUCCUUGUGCAGAAGGUUAUGCACCCUGGAUGAAAAGAAUGACAGGGUUGCCUACAUCCAUUCUUAAUCAGCAGUUCAGAUUCAGAAACAGUGACAGUUUGACGUCAUUUCCAAGCAUUGUUUACAUUUACAUUUACAUUUUAGUCAUUUAGCAGACGCUCUUAUCCAGAGCGACUUACAGGAGCAAUUAGGGUUAAGUGCCUUGCUCAAGGGCACAUUUACGUCAUUUAGCAGACGCUCUUAUCCAGAGCGACUCACCAAUUGGUGCGUUCACCCUAUAGCCAGUGGGAUAUCCCUGCCAAUGAUCCCAGUGGAAUGUAAGGUUCAAAUUAGGGAUUUGGCCCAAAAUGGAACCCUAUUUCUUCAUAGUGCCCUACCUUUGACCAGAGCCUGGUCAAAAUAGUGCACAACAUAUGGAAUAGUGUGCCAUUUGGGACAGCCUAGAGAUAAUACAGUAGUAGAGUAACAUGAGCUAUUCUGCUCUCUCUAGCCUCAAUAACGAUUCAUUUGAUUGGUCCAUAUUUCGGAUAUUACUACUAAUGAUGUAAAUGCUGCUCUAUUCUGGUGUGCAAAUGUCUGCUUGCUGUUGUAAUGCGCUCUACUUCACCUGUGGGUCUUGGGCUUUCUCAAUGUCUAGGGCAGAUACAGAGGGUGUAGGGCAGAAACUGUGGGUUGAGGGAAGAAACUGGCUGGCGUCCCAAAUGGCACCCUAUUCCCAACAUAGUACACUACUUUUAACCAGAGCUCUAUGGGACCUGGUCCCAAGUAGUGUACUGUGUAGGAAAUAGGGUGCCAUUUGGGAUACAUACACUGAAGGCUCUACAGCACUGCUUGCUCCCUGAAUACACCUAGCCUCAGCAGUUAGGGAAUUUAGGACAAUGGGCAGAUGAAGAGCAUUAAUGUGUGCUAAUGCUCUUAUCUGGCUAGAACACAACACAGCCUCAGUAGUCACUACAGUAAUGGAGUCAGACGGUGGUUCUGUCUCCGAGCAACAGUAUUCAGCCAGGUUCUAACUGAUGGCAUGUUGUUGUUGAUAAACUACCUCUCACAUGGACAGCUGCUUCUGAGAUGGAAUGCAAUAAACAAGUAGGCUUUUCAUGAUCACAUUGAAUGUAUGUACAUUUAGGAGGUUGUGUCUUGUUGAGAAUAGCAGUGAUGGUAUUAGAACAAUGCCCCUCUGUCUGUUUUCCUCAAGCAAGGAGACAUCUGAAACAUGUCUGGUGACCAUGUUUUUGUUUAGAGAAGAAUGAGUCAUUGUGAUCAGGAUGGGGAUAGAGGGAGGAGAGGCACCCUAGGGUAGCAAGAGCCUACUACUAGGAGGUUGCUAUGAGGUGACUAGGAGAGUUAAGGUAAGAAGGCACUUGUGGUUACCAGGAGGUAACUAGGAGGUUACUAGGAGGUUACCAUGAGGCAGGGACUGCUAGGCUCCAGCUAGGCUAUCCUGUCCUGUAUUAGUUGGAAGUUACAGAAACAGAGAGGACCAAGACAACGAAGCAUAGUUAAUCAAACUUGAAUGUUCUUCUGCCAAUGCUGUACAUAUACACCACCAGGUGUCGUAAAACCGCUGUUGCAAAACACCAUAUUAAUACAAGUCCUGCUGCUCCAGGUUCCAAAUGAGGCAGCAGACAGCAUCAACCUGAGCCAGAUGGUGCCCAUCGCUCCCCCCGAGGAAGAGGAGGCCCCAGCAGCAGGAGAGGAGGAGGAGAAGAACCUGCCAGAGUGGAGCGAGAAGGUGGCCAGCGGCAUCCUCACAGGUCAGACCCAGGGCCCUAACCCCUACAACGCUAACCCUAACCAAUGACAUCCUAACCCGAGGCUGUAGGGGUUAAGGUUAGGGUUGUGUGCUGUGUAUCACUCACUCACACCUACUGUGUUUUUUCCAUCCAGGGGCAUCGUGGCUGAGCUGGGGCCUGGUGAAGGGGGCUGAAUUCACUGGCAUAGCCAUCCAGAAGGGGGCAUCCAAACUGCGGGAGCACAUCACCCCCGAGGACAAGCCAGCCCACGUCAGCCCCUCCAUCUCCAAGGGAUUGCAUGUAGCCAAACAGGCCACCGGGGGCGCUGUCCGCGUCAGCCAGUUCCUGGGUGAGAAGCAGCUGAGUGUCUGACUCUGAUUGGUUCUGGUGUUGGAAGGAGCUGACUGUCUGAUCGGUUCUGGUGUUGGAAGGAGCUGAUUGUCUGAUUGGUUCUGGUGUUGGAAGGAGCUGACUGUCUGAUCGGUUCUGGUGUUGGAAGGAGCUGACUGUCUGAUCGGUUCUGGUGUUGGAAGGAGCUGAUUGUCUGAUUGGUUCUGGUGUUGGAAGGAGCUGACUGUCGGAUCGGUUCUGGUGUUGGAAGGCGCUGAUUGUCUGAUUGGUUCUGGUGUUGGAAGGAGCUGACUGUCGGAUCGGUUCUGGUGUUGGAAGGCGCUGACUGUCUGAUCGGUUCUGGUGUUGGAAGGCGCUGAUUGUCUGAUUGGUUCUGGUGUUGGAAGGAGCUGAUUUCUGAUUGGUUCUGGUGUUGGAAGGAGCUGACUGUCUGAUUGGUUGUGGAUGGGUGUGUUGUGUGGAUGAUUUGUAUGGUGGCGGGGUGUGUGUUGUGUUAUGACGGGGGGGGUGUUGUGUUAUGACGGUGUGUGUGUUGUGUUAUGACGGGGUGUGUGUUGUGUUUGUAGUGGACGGUGUGUGUAUGGUGGCGGGGUGUGUGUUGUGUUAUGACGGGGGGUGUGUUGUGUUAUGACGGGGUGUGUGUUGUGUUAUGACGGGGUGUGUGUUGUGUUAUGACGGGGGGUGCGUUGUGUUUGUAGUGGACGGUGUGUGUAUGGUGGCAGGGUGUGUGGGUAGAGAGCUGGCUCCCCACGUGAAGAAACACGGAGGCAAGUUGGUCCCGGAGUCCAUGAAGAAAGACAAAGAUGGACGAUCCAACAUCGAUGGAGCCAUGGUGGUGGCUGCCAGCGGAGUUCAAGGUACACAUAGUCACUGUUGUGGUUGUUAUAGUCACUAUAUAGUCAUUGUAUAGGACAAGACAGGACAACACUAACGGUGGCUGUGCGUAGUAGAUCACCUGCUGGGUGUCAACGAACGGUGGAGAUUCAACGUAGAAUGUAGGGAAGUUAAUAGAUAAUGACUGCCGAUUUUCGGAGGUCAGAGGCGAUAGGACGGCCACCCACUACGCAUGGCCGACGUUCGUAUUGGUCGGUCUUGUCCUUAAGGAGGGUUCACAUGGAUUAUGUACCCCCUAUUCUACCAAGUGUCUAGUCAUUGUUGUGGUUCCUGUGUGUUUCUACAUGAAGGCUUCGCUACCAUGUGGACUGGCUUGGAGGUAGCAGCAAAGAACAUCACCGUCUCUGUUGCCUCAGAAACCGUCAACACUGUCAAGCAUAAGUAAGUCUUUCUCUGUACACUUCAACCAACAUGUGUUGUCUGUGCUCUUCUCAUUCAACAUGGAUGCGUCUCAAAUGGCACCCGGUGAGCCUAUGGGCUCUGGUCAAAAGUAGUGCACUAUAUAGGGAAUAGGGUGCCAUUUGAGACGCAUCCAUGUCAAAAUAAAUAAAGAUGUUGUAUUGUCACAUACACCGAAUAGGUGCAGUGAAAUGUGUUGUUUUAUAGGGUCAGCCAUAGUAGUACGGCGCCCCUGACGCAAAUUAGGAUUAAGUGGCUUCUCAAGGACACCGACAGAUUUUUCACCUUGUCGGCUCGGGUAUUCAAACCAGCGACCUUUCGGUUACUGGCCCAACGCUCUAAGCGCUAGGCUAGCUGCCUAAUGUGUUCUGUGCUCGGCUCAUUCACCAUGUCUGAUUGGCAGCACUACUUGCUUGACUUUACAUUUGCUCCUGUCCACCCAGCUCUGAUGUGUAUGUCUGUUCUUUUGCUUUCUAAACCAGGUUUUGCUAGACCAGGUUUUGCUAAACCAGGUUUUUGCAGUGUAUCUUGCAAACACUCACUUGUGUUUUAUAAGCAAAAAAUAAGCAAGCACUUACUGUACAUUUCCCUCUUCCACUUAUUUUUCAGAUUUAGGGGUCUACAAAACAUCUUAGACCCUCCUAAUGACAAGAAGACAUGUAUUUAAAGCGAGCCUUUAAUGAACCCUCCUUAAUAGUAACGAGCAGCAUGGCCAAAGCUUAGCCUCUGUUUCUGGGUGCUCUGAAUGUAAAGCUGCUGGAUUCACCUCUACUCUCUAAACAUAGGCUACUCUUCUAUCCUACUCGGCUAUACACUCGGAAUUCAACAUGUAGCGUACACUGAUUUCUCUGGUUUCUAACUAACCAACUAUUUUUCCUGACUUUCUUGAAAAUAAUAUAACUAUUCCUAAUACAUAGUAAUUGUAUGAAUUGAUGUGUAUUAUAUGUAGAAAUAAGUGCAAUCACCAGCCCCACAAUAUAAUCAGUUGUACACUACAGGUGAAGACAUCAAAACUAUGAAAUAACACAUGGAAUCAUGUAGUAACCAAAAAAGUGUUAAACAAAUCUAAAUAUAUUUUAUAUCUGAGAUUCUUCAAAUAGCCACCCUUUGCCUUGAUGACAGCUCUGCACACUCUUGGCAUUUUCUCAACCAGCUUCAUGAGGUAGUCACCUGGAAUGCUUUUCAAUUAACAGGUGUGCCUUCUUAAAAGUUAAUUUGUGGGGGGGGGGGGGGGGUUUACAGAAUAUAGCCCUAUUUGGUAAAAGACCAAGUCCAUAUUAUGGCAAGAACAGCUCAAAUAAGCAAAGUGAAAUGACAGUCCAUCAUUACUUUAAGACAUGAAGGUCAGUCAAUCCGGCCUCCACAAUCCCCUGACCUCAACCAAAUUGAGAUGGUUUGGGAUGAGUCGGACCGCAGAGUGAAGGAAAAGCACCCAACAAGUGUUCAGCAUAUGUGGGAACUCCUUCAAGACUGUUGGAAAAGCAUUCCAGGUGAAGCUGGUUGAGAGAAUGCCAAGAGUGUGCAAUGCUGUCAUCCAGGCAAAGGGUGGCUAUUUGAAGAAUCUGAAAUAUAAAAUAUAUUUUGAUUUGUUUAACACUUUUUUUGGUUACUACAUGAUUCCAUGUGUUAUUUCAUAGUUUUGAUGUCUUCACUAUUAUUCUACAAUGUAGAAAAUAGUAAAAAAUAAAGAAAAACCCUUGAACAAGUAGGUGUUCUAAAACUUUUGAGCGGUAGUGUAUAUUUACGGAUUACUGAAUAGUCAGACAAUUUGAAUAAUUCUGUUGAAUUCAUGCUCUGCAUGGGUGGUGGCUUUAAUCCUAGUUGCAUGUUGUUUCUGUCCUUGCUGUUCCCUAUAACUGCCCUCCUUCCUCCUGCCCUCAGCCCUCACCCCCCAGCCCUCCCCCUCUCAACAGUUGUUUGUGUGUGAUUAUAAGGUAUGGGGCAGCAGCCGGCCAGGCCACAGACCAUGCUGUGAACUCAGCCAUUAACAUGGGCGUCACCGCCUUCAACAUUGACAACCUGGGCAUCAAAGCUGCGGUGAAGAAGACUGGCAAACAGACGGCCAUGGCCAUCCUGGAGGACUACCAGCUACAGGACCCUAACACUAACCAGAAACAAGUGGAGAAACGGGACAAAUAGGCCCCAUCCAGGAACAAGUCUACGUCCCAAAUGGCACCCUAUUCCCUAAAUAGUCACUAUUUUUGGGACACAGUCAACCCCUAGCCCCAUGACACUUACCCUAGCCCCUACCCACAGAGCACUGGUGUAGAUAUGAGAGGACUGGAUAGGUGUGAGCAAAACAGCAAAACUUCUACCUGCCUAGUCUGUCAUAGGGAAAGGCAGAGGUACUACCAUAUUGAUUAAACAUAUCCUAUUCUUUCAGAUCUACCCAAGUGUCUAAAGAGUAGAGGCUAGGACUGCAUCCCAAAUGGCACCCUAUUCUCGAUUAUAGUGCACUACAAAGGGAAUGUGGUACCAUUUGGGAUGCACCCCAUGUCCUCCUCCUCUCUUUCCUUUUAGAGCUUUAAUUAAAACACGAUUUGUAUUCUAUAAAGAAAUCUAUCUAUACAUAAAUGCUUUAUUUACAAUACAUGUUUUAUAUUUGCAUACUAGUUGACUAAUAGCCUAUAGAAAUGUUACUAGGGUUUGAUACAACUGUUAAGCACUUUAAUCUUCAUUAAAGGUGGUUCUCUUUCUUGAACUGCAUUGUUGGUUAAGGGCUUGUAAGUAAGCGUUUCACAGUAAGGUCUACACCUGUUGUAUUCAGCGCAUGUGACAAAUACAAUUUUAUUUGAUAAUGACAUUAUAAUAAUGUUAUAAAUAUUAUAAUAACUAAGAUGGACAUUGUAUGUAGGUAGGCUGAUGUAUAAUCGCUACAUUAUUUGUGUGCAAUGUUGGUGAGAAGAAGACACUGGAAUGUAAUAUGUCACGUAGGUGAUAUAAAUAUAAACUGAAAACAGGAUUCUUGUUUUAAAUUUCAGAUGGAACAGUUGUCUGUUUCAAGACUACUGCUGUUGACUUAUUGUAGUAAUACUGUAGUAACAGUACUAUUACUGCAGUAGUACUGUAGUAACACUGUCCACAGUUUAGUGUAUCUGGAGGUAAAGGUGUAUCUGAGGUAGAGUUGCACAAUUCUGGCAACUGUCCCAAAAUCCCCAGGUUUUCCAGAAAUUCUGGUUGGAGGAAUAUGGAUUUUCUGCUUGUUCCCCCCCAGCCUCUUUCCCCAUCCAUAUCCUGAGGCCAGCAUCGGUUCUGGGUUUCAAGAUUAAUUCCCUCCUGAUUCCUGGAAUAUUCCAACUGGGAUUUCUGGAAAAUCUGGGAAUUUUACAGUAGUUACUGGAAAUGUGCAACCCUUAUCUGAAAGUCAAGGUGUGUGGGGGGAAGAAACCCAGCAGCAUGCUAACUAUGUGCUAUAAGAAUACAUGUUUGGGUUCAUUUAAUCAAUGAAAUAAUGUUCAUGUUUGAAACAAGACAAAACCAAGCAUGCACAGGAAAACAUGUAGUUAUAUAGAUGUUGAGGGUACUAGAUAAGAUUGAACAAGGGUCUCUAAUGUAUACUCUUGUCAUAUGACUUCUUUGUAAUGCAGAGGAAAUAAUCAAUCCAAACAUAGAAGCAGUGGAGUUUUAAACUGGUUUGAGAAUGGUCCAUGGUUUGCUCAGUAUGCCUUAAUAACCAGUUACUACAUGCUGUAUGCUACUGUAACCAUAGGCCAAUACAUCCAUCUUACAGAAAGCAAGUCCAUGCUACUGUAUGUAUCAUCUUGUGGUCCAGUUCAUUAACUUCGAGAAGCUAUAA